ACCGAAUCCAGCCUACCACCAAAUACCCCGAAACAAAAUCCUCACUUUAACGACUGCGACUAAUUGAUACAUAUACAUAUUCGAGAUGUUCGACCUGCCGAACGCGAAACGCGUUCGGCGCAAUGAAAUUCUGUCUCCGUCGUCAUCACGGUCUCCCUCGCCUCAGCCUGAAGAUACCCUUACCAAUGGGUAUGAGCGACUAGGUGCAUUGUUGAACCUUGAUUCCUUGAUUCAGCCCGAACAACAACCGGAACAACCGGAUGCCCAAGCCACUAAUGUAAAAGACGAGGAAGAAGAGGAGCAAGAAUUCGAGUUCCGACUUUUCAGCGCGCCGGUUCGGGACUCUACUGCUGCUGCUACGCAAGAUGCAGGCUCCGCUGCUACAGAGGAAAAGAAGAAUGACGUCGGGGCGGCAGGGAUGCAGAAGUUGCGGAUUCGAUUACGAUCUCCGACGCCCGGAGCUAGGGGUCCUGAUGAUGGGGGGUUCGUGAAGCCGUUUCGUGGAUGGGAUUAUUACUUUUCUACUCCAGGGUUGCUUUCUGGGUCGAAGGAGGAUGAUCCGAAGCUUACACUGAGGAGGAAGCAAUUUGAAGAGGUCGCUGUUAGUGGAGAGCAAAUGGGGGAGUGGGCGAAGGUUCCUUGGCCUGGAUGUCACUUACCGUGGCGUGUGAUUCAUUGGAAAAGACACCAGACGAAACUGCCUCGAGAGGACACUAGUACCGCUGUGUUCAUCGCCGGGCCUCAGAUCAGAGACCCUAAGUCUCGGAAGAAGCCGGGCAAAAAGCGACGGCUCCAGCUUCGCAAGCGCCUGGCAGUGGCGGAGCGGGCAAAGGAAACGGACGCUGAGAAACGGAAUCGCAAGAACCGGGAGAAGAAGAUUAAGCGGAGACAGAAGGCAAGAGAAAUGAAAGCGGCGGCGGCGGCCUCGGGACAAAGCCAGGAUACACUCGCUAUUGAAGAGGAUGAUGCUUCAUCGCAGGGAAGUGAUUGAUGUAAUCCCAGUGAUGUGCUUCGCAAUGGUCUUUGCUAUAGGUCACAAUACCCUUGUUUGAAUCGGGCGUUGAACAUGAGAUGAAUGGUUUUCUUAUUCCAUUUAACACUAAGUCACCAUGAAGGCGCAGUUCGGUUCAAGAACUACCAUGAAGGAUAAUGAUGAUCGGCACAAGGCCUGUAUUACAAACAUUUUUCAGUGAAACCAGGAUCUGAAGAAGAAACCGGGGGUAUUAUACGAGUGACACGGCCGACAAACAUGGGUACAGGACC